CCAAUGGCUGUCAGACAAGCGAAGGCCGCAUUGCACAGAAGGCUCAUGUCUACGUUCCUGAACAGGCAACACAGGAGGUAUAAUGGGGGCAAAGCCGAGUGGUGGGCUGAGCGAACCUUUUGCUUUGGUCGGGGGUUUGGUGAGGGCCAAGCAAUCCUGAGCUACGAAAUAGUCACCCCUUUCCAAAUGAACCAAUACUUACUAGGUUGCACAAAGACAGGUCGAGCAUGUUUGAUUGAUACAGGCGAUGCAAAUGCCAGUUUGGAGACCGCAAAAAGAUUCGGAUUUUCUAUCAAGUUUUUGCUACAAACCCAUGCACACUUAGAAAAUGUUAUGGGACUGCCGGAUAUCAGAAGAACAUUUCUCCACGACGUCCCUAUGUACAUACAUCGUGCUGAUUCGCCGUUGUAUGAAAGCCUACAGAAUCAGCACGGUGGUAAGACGGGUAUAAUGCGCGUUGAUAAGUUGUCACCACCAGAAAACUAUCUCGAGGAUCAACAAUGCAUAACUGUUGGUGAUGUAGAGCUAAAAAUAUUGCACACCCCUGGGCAUACGCCUGGCCAUGUCAGCUUUUACUGUGAAGCACAUGGAUUCCUCAUCGGUGGAGACUUGUUAUUCAAUGGCAACAUUGGAAGGACCGAUUUGCAUUAUUGCAAUAAGUCGGCCAUGAAUCAGAGUCUCAGAAGGGUGAUGAAUCUGCCAGAUGAAACAAAAGUUUUCCCUGCUCACAUGAUGCCUACAACCAUUGGCAAGGAGAGGCGCUCAAACCCGUUCCUUGCAAGAGCAUUGGAAAAUGAAGAUAGAUGUAAUGAGCUUCAGCUACAACGAGAUCGAUCUGUUAGAGGAAUAGAAUGCACGGUUUGAUGUGUUUCGGAGCAAUUCUUCGAAACCCAUUCAUACCGCUACUCCUCCUUCAGUUUCAUGGAUUUCAAGCAAUCAAAGAUACUGUGAUUUAGGCCAAACAUUAUUCAUUGUAUUUACUUAAAGAAGAUAUUGCCU